AUGACGCAGCGAUCCCCUGCCUUUAGCUUCUUUGAAAAGGGUGUUGAACUCGACGAUAGUAUUAAAUCGACGGAGCCUAUUACGAGUGACUUGGUUAUUUUUGCUACGGGAUACAAGGGUGAUCAAAAGCUCAAAGACAUUUUUGCUUCUUCCGAAUUUAAGGAUUACAUGUUUGGCUCCUCCAAUAAAACGCUUUCAUUAUACAGGGAAUGUAUCCAUCCACGGAUUCCACAACUUGGAGUGAUUGGAUUUUCUGAGAGCUUAGCAAACUUGUACACUUCAGAAAUAAGAUGUCGUUGGUUAUUCGAGCUACUCGAUGGCAAAUUCAAAUUGCCAAGUAUUGAAGAAAUGGAGAAAGAUGUUAUAGAAUGGGAGAAAUUUAUGAAGAGGUACUCAGGCAAGUAUUAUAGAGGAUCUUGCCUUGGAGCUUUGCAUAUUUAUUACAAUGAUCAGCUUUGCAUUGACAUGGGCUUCAACCCAAAGAGAAAGGACGGAUAUUGGGCUGAGUUGUUCGAGCCAUACGGCCCAAUGGACUAUGCUUAA